UGUGUGUGCGCGCGCGCCCCGGACUUAGCAAGCCCCCCGGCUGCCUGCACACGACCCUCCGCUCCCAAACCCCUGGUCCCGCCCCCUGUGAAUGCAGCUCGCGCGCCGGGCCAUGCAGUGCGGCCAGGGGAUCCCGAGCGCCGCUCCCCGGGGCUCCGAACCCAGCCGAGGGUUGCAGAACCCCGCGCUCAUCGGCAGGCUGCUUUGCAUCUCAUGUACACAGCAAGCUCGGAGGGGGUCGACGCCCGCGCGCGCCCCGACCCCUCCGCAGACCCGUGUGGCUCCUCUCCUCUAGACUCCCUCCUGAAGCCUUACAGUUCUGUCAUUGUCCCUGCCAGGCCCGUCUUGCUCCGCAAGUUUCCACCCCCCAUGAGCACCCCCACCAGCACGGGUAAAAACCCUGCCCCGCAUCCCGGAUCCCGACCACCCGGUGCUCCAGAGAAGACAAUACUCCAAUUCUCUGGGAAGUGGGAGAAACCAAGCUGGACCUGGGGGGUCCCAGACUCUUAAGCGAUAGAGAAGAGCCCCGGGAGUUCUCCAGUCCCUUAGCCGAAGACCUCAGUGUCCAAAAGACCGCAAAAGGAACGUGCAUCCGCAUCACCCUAUCACAGUUUCCCAAUGCCAGCCCCUCGGCAAUCCUUCGGGAUCAGAAUUCAAAUCCCAUUGGCAGCCCAGGCAUGCCAGGAUGAGAGGGUGGGUGGAACAAUUCCCAUGCCUGUCUCAGGCGAGUAGCAAGUGGAAUCCAGGAUGUGAGAUGUCUGUAGGCAAGGCAAGCCUGCUUACUCCAUGUAGGGCCAUGGGAUUUGGACGGGCUGUGAAUACAGGCUUCCCCCAGCAACUCCAUCUCGGCAUGAAGCCAAGACUUCAAAUCUUGACAGGGUCUACCGACCCCCGCGCCAGAUAGUGAUGGGUGGAUGAGAGACGCUGACUCCAGCCUCCCACCCUGUGACCAUCUCCCCGGCUACCAUGGAGAAAGCCUUGCUGCCCCUGACCAUAACAUCUGACCCAAGGCCCUUUAACCAACAGCUCCCAGAGCCUCCCGACCUGAGGUGCGUCUUGGAACCCCAGGACAGCCUUGAGUUGGCCCCUGCCUUAGUCUGUGCUCUGUGCUGCUGCUUCGGAAUCAUCUACGGCUGCUUCGGCUACCGCUGCUUCAAGGCAGUGAUGUUUCUCUCCGGUCUGCUGUCAGGAGCUCUGGUGAUCUUCCUACUGUGCCACAAGGAGCGGGUCCUGGAGACACAGUUGAGCCUGGAGGUGAGCGCAGGCAUCUCGCUGGGCAUCGGACUCCUCUGCGGCCUGGUCACCAUGCUGGUCCGAAGCGUUGGGCUCUUUCUGACCGGUCUCCUGCUAGGUCUAACCCUGGGCGCUGGAACCUUACUGGGCACUGAACCCAUCUACCAGCCACAUUCGGCCUGGGUGCCAGUCGGUGGACUGGUGGGGCUGGCGCUGCUGGGAGCCCUGCUCACGCUUCGGUGGCCCCGGCCGUUCACGGUCCUAGGCACAGCCCUGCUAGGUGCUGCGGUGCUGGUGGCCUGUGCUGACUACUUCUUGGAAGGGCUGGCCCUGGGCACUCGGCUGGGCGAACGCCUGCAGGCCCUCCCGGAGUUGCUGCCUCUUUGCUGGUAUAGCUGGGUCUUACUGGGGACCUGGCCGAUCUUGGGGGCUCUUGGGACACUGGCCCAGUGGAGACUCAUGACUGAGGAACGUGGAAGCCACACCAAUGUGAUCUUGAGCCACCAGCGAAGGCAUCUCCAGCUCCUCCGGAUCCAUCAGCAAGAGGCUAAGCGGCAUCGGAACCCGUCUGGAGUGGGACUGUGCCAAGGCAGCUAUCGGAGUCGGCUUCCCCCCAAUAUCCAGAGCCCUGGUGACAGGCUGGCUCCAAGUUAUCUCCAGAGUCUGCGUGAGUGCCAGCUGGAGCCGAGCACCCAGGCCACAGCCCCCCACACUACCCUGGACCUGGAUUCUGACUGCAGUUCCACCCGCCUCCUGGCCACACCUUCUCCCUCUGCCCAGACCUGAGCCUAAACCUCCAGAGAUACUGACAACCCUAGUGAGGGCUGGAAACGGCCAAGUGGAUGGGGCCUGAGCCCACGGGACCCACACAAAUUUCCCUACCUCUUGGAUUGGGGAUGGGCUCCGUGCUUAGAGACAGGCAGAGAGAAUUCUUACAGAUGCGGGAGAGUGAAAGCACAGGCACCUACCUCUCUGUCCAGUAGUAGAGACGCCCUGGCUCCUAGGGACACUGACUCCAAACCCAGGUGGUUUACCCAAAACAGGUUUUUUUUCCGUAAGUUCCUGUAAUGCUGAAAUGGAACCCAGAAUGUUGCCCAUAGUAGGCAAGCAUUCUACCACUGAAUUAUAGUCCAUUCCCAAAUAUCCAUUAACAUGUCUCAGUGUGCCUUACUGUGGUAAAAUAUGGGGCUUUUUUAUAGGACCUAUAGAAAAUUGGGGAGCUCCCGAAGGCAUUUGAUAAGUUUUAUUGGUAUGGAGAAUGGCACAGAGGUACUCCAAGAUCCCCAGCCCCCAGGCUCCUUAUUAGGGGUAACUGGGCUUCUGCUCGGCCUUUCUCCAUGGACCCCAUAGUCUGGAGUCCCCUCUACCUCAGUGGAGAGCACAAUCCUCCAUGGUGCUUUCUCCUCUCUCUUCAAUGAGGGAGGACCCCAGAGUCUGCCUCAACUCCCCUCUCUCCAAAAGCUGGCCCCUUGCUCCAAGAGAGCCUUGGCUCACGUGGCUGACGCUUGCCUCUUUGCUCAGAGGGACCUGGGCUUUGGGUCUGCGCGGCAGUCAAGUGCCUUCUCUCACUCUCGGUGUAGGUGAUACCAGUUUCCUCCCCAGCCAGAGUUUGGGUCCAGCCACUAACCCCUUCUAACUCUCCCUCCUCCGACUCUCCUGGCCUCCCGGACAGUAUGAAGGAAGACUAACCCUCCCCUUCCCGAGCAGCAACUCUGUGAUGAGAGGGAGGAAGAACAAGGGAUCACGGGAAUAAAAUGGCGCUGAAAAUUCAA